AGAAGGGCGCGGUGCAUGACGGUAGGUGGAGUCCUGUGGGGAAGCCCUCCUUUCCCGGAAGCCACGCAGCGCAGGCGCGCGCCGCUUUUCCUCAAGCGCGGGAGUCUUGUUUUGUGGUGUCUUCGCUUCGGCGUCUGUGGAGCCGUUGCCGUUGGAAGUUCCGUCUCCCGGAGACUUUUUGGCUGUCUGAGGCGAAAUGGCUCCGGGGUAGAGAGCAGCAGGCGGUGGCAGUGGAGGGGCUGAGGCGGCCUCGGGGUGCGAUCCUUCGGGCCCGCGGUCGCUUGAGCCCGCGCGCCUUCUUCUGGGGAAGUCUCGGCGCCCAGCGCGAGGAUGAGCUCCGCCUGGGUCACUGCGUUCGAGAAGGAGCAUCUGUGGAUGUACCUGCAGGCGCUCGGCUUCGAGCCCGGCCCGGCCACCCAGGCCUGCGGGAAGGUCGUGUCACAGACGCACCUCGGAGUGAACAUGUUUGACAAGCUGAACCGUGAUGCCUUUCAGAUAGUUUCUUAUUUUUUGUUUCAAACACUGGACCAAUCUCUCGCCAAAGAAGUUUUCAAAUUUUGCUGGCCCCCAUUUGACCAAAAAAGUGAUACUGAAUUCCGGAAACAUUGCUGUGAAUGGUUAAAAAAGAUUUCUGCUGAGUGUGGAAGCAGUUGGCCUCCCGUUAUUGGCUCCCUGUUUCUCUCUCCUGGUGGUCCUAAGUUUAUUCAUUUGAUGUAUCAUUUUGCAAGAUAUGUUGCAAUGAAAUAUAUUAAAAAUAACUCCGAAAAUUCUGCACAUUUCAUAGAGACAUUUAACCUAAAGCCACAAGAUUUGCACAAGUGCCUUGCCAGGUGCCACGUAGCACGUAACAGAUUUUUACAAGUUUUGCAAAGAGAAGACUUUGUUACUCAAAAAUAUCAGGAAAAUGCACAGUUAUCAGUUAAGCAGGUGCGAAAUUUGAGAUCACAAUUUAUAGGACUGCAAAAUCAAGUAAAAGACAUGGAACCCUGUGUUGACCAUAGCAAUUUGCAAGAGAAAAUUCAGAAGAUUCGGUUUUUGUGGGCUUCAGUGAAUGAAACACUUAAGAUUUUGGAAAAAGAGAGAGAAGUUGUUAGUUCAGUUCUUGGUCUUGCUAAGGAAUAUGUUUUAGAUGGAACUGAUGUUGCUGUUAAUAUUCCAAAACUCCUGCUUGACAAUAUUGAGAAACAAAUUUGUAAGUUGUACAUAGGAAAUGUUUAUGAGGAUGGCAAAUUGAACCUGUUAACAGUUAUUCAGUUACUAAAUGAAGCCCUGAAAGUAAUGAAAUACGAACAUUGUCAAGCUGACCAAGCAAGAUUGGCAAUAGACCUUCACUACCUUGAAAAAGAAGCCAAAUUUCAGAGGGAAAGAUUGUCGGAUCUGAAGCACAUGAGGAAUAAAAUAAAUGAAGAUGUCACAAAUAUAAGGCAUUCUGUUGCUGAAAAGCAGGGAGAAUGGCAUAAGAAGUGGACGGAGUUCCUCGGUCUGUCUCCUUUUAGCUUAAUUAAAGAUGGUGCUGCAGCUGUGGAUCUUCUACCACCUAUGUCUCCUCUUUCAUUUGAUCCUGCCUCAGAAGAAGUAUAUGAGAGGAGUAUUCUUUCCAAGUAUCCUGCUUUGCUUCCAGAUACACCUAAGCAACAGAAGCAAGAAAAUGACUGCAGAAGAGAUAGAGAUACGCUGGGACCUGUACAUGAUCUAGCCAACAGCCCAGCCUGUUACCUGCCGCAGCCAGCCUCGUCAUUAGACAAAAACAGUGUUAUAUUACUUGAAAAGGAUGCAAUGAUGAAAACUCCCAAAGAGAAAAAUGAAAUGAUUUCUAAGAAAAUGCCAGAAUUUGAGGUGGAAGAUUCUCUGUUAUCAGAUGUCGCAAAGAGCACAGGAAGUAGUGCAUCUGGAGUAUCUCUGCCUGCUAAAAGUGAUCCUUUCCAAAAAGAGCAAGAUCGUCUGGUAGAAGAGGUUGCCAGAGCAGUUUCAUCUGAUUCUCCACAGGUCUCUGAAGGAAAGGAAGUAAAAUUGGAGGAACUGAUUGACGCUCUGGCUUCUAACCCCUUCUUAACAAGGAAGCAAAUUCCCCGAACUCCAGAAAAUUUAAUAACUGAAAUUCGGAGCUCAUGGAGAAAAGCUGUUGAAGAAGUGGAAGAGAACAGAACUAUAGAACCAGUUCAGAUGGAUAUUGAACAUAGAGAGGGAUUGUCAGAAUCAUCAUCUAUGUUACAGAAUGAAAGCAAAAUUAGCAGGGGCUGUUUUCUCUCAGCAGCUGCUGUUUCUAAUUUUGGUCCAUCUCAUUUGCCAGAAAAUAAAGGUGUUUCCGAUUGCCCUAGUAACGUACCACAGAAGUAUCUGGAGACCAGUUGGGUAUUUGAACCAGCAACACAAAGUCAGACAGAUUCGUUGAAUUUAAAAGUAGCUUGUGAGCAAAAUGCAGAAGAUACAACUUUACCAACAAAAGUUUCUGAAAACAGCCAAACAGAGGCAUUUUCCCCUGCUGCAAGCAAUAGGUUAGAUCUGAUGGGUAGCAGGGAAGAGGACUACAUUAAAACAAUGGACCACUCAAAAACUUCUUAUGAACCUUUCAUGCAUAAAACUAUGUUAUGGAACUCUUUUCAAAUAUCAAGUGAGAUGAAUUCUAGGAAUUUAAAGGAUAUGGAUUUUGGCAUAUUACAUGAAACUCUUCCAGAAGAGAUUGGUCACUUAAGUCUUAAUAGCUCCAGUAGUUCAGAGAUGAAUUUUAAAGUGGAACCUCAUAGAACUGUACACAGUGACCUUUUUCCAGCUGAUUUUCUGGGAGAAAGACAGAGUCCUCCAGAAUCAGAUUUCAGUCUGCAGGCUAUUUCCAACAGUUUUGAGGCUUUGAAGAAGUCUCUUUCCAAGCAGAGGGAAGAAUCUUACCUUUUUAAUCCGGAAACAUUUGAAAGACACAAAUCAGAAUGGAGCCCUAAUCAGAAAAACGUAGAAGCAGAUGAGAUGCUUGACUUUCUGGGCACUCAGGAUUUGCACAUUGACUAUUCAAAACCAUCUCUGCGCAUGUCUGUUGGAGAAAGAAAGCGGUCACUUUCACCACUAAUUAAGUUUUCUCCAGUGGAACAAAGAUUGAGGAGCACAAUACCAGGUAGUCUUGGAGAGUUGCUACCUAAUUUAAAAGAAGAAAGCUUGGGAAAGAGCCUUGGUGCAGAAGACUCUCUUUUGGACUGGACAAGAUGAAGCUGUUCCCAGUUAAUUUAAUAUGAUGGUGCACUUAAAGGGAAAUGUUGUUACACAAUGGACACUAGUGUAUAAGUUAAAUACACAUUUGAAGUGUAACUCUUUUCAGCUAAAAAUCAAAAAUGCCUUUUAGCCCUCUGUAAUGUUUUUAGAUAAGGAAACUAUUUGUAUAUUUUCUUUGUAGAGAUAGGGGAGUUGAAAUAUGAAGUGUUUAGAAAGCAUAUGUCAAGUUAUGGGAAGGUAUUUUGAAUAAUCUUGUAAUCAUUAAGUAAAUGACAAAAAUACUUUGAGUUAUGUUAUAGUUUCAAUCAUUUAACAUCAGGAUGAGUAGUUUUUGGUAUACUUUUAUUAAGUGGUUAACAUUAUAGCCAUUGAAUAUCCUUUCGUUUUAGGGAAACAACUUUUAUUGGUUCUUUAUGGAACAUUCUUGUACUAACCCUAAAAAAAGUGAGAAAAGUAUUGUCUUAGGAAUUGUAAAAAAGAUGACAAAUUAAUGAUUAUUCAAGUAGGUUGAUCUUGAGAAAUAACAUUUGAUGGAAUAAACUGCAUGUGAAGAUGAAUGAGGAUUAGGGCAGAAUGUAUUUGGACCAAGGUGGAGGCACGUGGCCGGACACCUAAGGAAUGCUGUCAGUUUGUGAUCUGUUAUGUGGGUUGUCCAAUAGAUUUUGUAUUUAGUCUAAUUUUGACAUUGAGAGGUUAAUCCUAGUUUUAUAUUUUAACAAAAAUGUAAAUUAAAAGUUUAUGAAUCUG